UUCUUCUUCUUCUGCAUCUCUCUCUCUAACAGCAUAACUAUUCCAUAUAAGAUCUCGGUGGAGGAGAACCAGCACAAACCAAAAAAGAAAACCAACCCUAAACCAAACUCUCUCCCCCUUUUUUGCUCAUAAAAAGAUCUGGGUUUCUGCAAGAAGCAUCAAAACAGAGAAACAACUCAAAGAAGGAUCGAAGUACGAGUCUUGCUCAGGAAAGAGCUUAGCUUGGCUUUUCCGAGUUCGAGAAAGAGAGGGUGCUUGUUUGGAAAGCUGAGGUUGAAGUAUAUCAGUUCAGUUCUCCGAAAUGGUUUUGAUGUUUGACAUUUUCUUUACGGAGGAAGAGAAGGUUGAAGAAGGAGCCGGGGAAAAAGAACGAUAAAGGACCAACCGAAGGAAAGCCCAAUUCACAGAAGAAGUAGAAAGAAAUCGAAGUACUGAGAUUCAUUUUUAUCUGCUUCUACUGGGUUAUUGGCAACGUCUGCAACUAUAAUCAGUGACCCUAUGGGAGGUCUAUCAGCCCAAGAAAGCCAAGCAGCAGCGCCAAAGCUCAAUCCUCAAUCAGAGAUUGAGUCUGCAAAGUGCGACUGCUGUGGGCUAACAGAGGAGUGCACCCCAGCCUAUAUUGUACAUGUCCGGGAGAGAAAUAUGGGCCAUUGGAUUUGCGGGUUGUGUUCUGAGGCUAUCAAAGAUGAGAUUGUGAGGUCUGAGAGGCUACUUAGCACCGAAGAAGCUAUGGCUACUCAUAUGAACUUCUGCAAGAAGUUUAAGGCAUCAGGACCUCCUUUGAACCCUACCAUUCAUUUGAUAUCUGCCAUGAGACAGAUUCUCCGGCGCAGUUUGGACUCUCCUAGGGGUUCGAAUUCUACUCCGAGUAGUCCGGUGAGGAUAGGUGGCCGCCCGGGGCUUACUAGAUCCGGGAGUUGCUUUCCUGCUCUGACUGGCGUAGAGUGAGAAAAAAGAAUAUGGAAGUGAAACUUGGGAAAGUUACAAUGGCAAGUUACAAAAUCUCAAUUGAUGAAAAAUAAGAACCCAGAAGGGUGACCAAAAAAGAAAUUAGUUGAGGUUAGAUGCCUAAUUUAGCUGUACUUAGUAAUCGGAUACGUACAGAAGUUUAAUUUUACUUUCUGAAAGGUAGCUUUCUCUUUCAUUAACAUCUUAUAUUUGUCAUAACUCAUGACCUCUGGUAAUGUUAAUAAUGAAAUGAAGGGUGUAAGAUUCUGUAGAACUUGGUUAAAAUUUUGAUCUUUAGUUAGUUGGUGUAAUUUCAAUUAUGGUUUAUUUGUGCACGCUCAAUAAAAUUUCUCGACAAUGGAA